AUAAAAAGAUCAUUCUGGUUGUGAUGCAUCACACACGAGAUGUCGACUACUCAACCGGUGGGAGAAGUUGGUCUGAGACCAGGAAUGUUGUCCUGGAUGUUGAUGUCCUCUUCCACGAGACUGUACCAGGACUACUGAUCUGUGAUGAAAACAGGAAGGCCGUCCGCCAAAUACAGGAUGCUUUAGUUAAGGCAGAUGAUGAACUGCUCAGCCAAGAGACGAAUGAGCUACAACAGGAAAGUGCCUCUGCCGGCUCCGUGGCCCCUGCCCAGGAUUUCCCCGGCUCCGCGGCCCCUGCCCAGGACUCCGCCGGCUCCGUGGCCCCUGCCCAGGACUCUGCCAGCUCUGCGGCCCCUGCCCAGGACUCUGCCAGCUCUGCGGCCCCUGCCCAGGACUCUGACGGCUCUGCGGCCCCUGCCCAGGACUCUGCCGGCGCAGCGGCCCCUGACGAGGAUUAUGUACUUGUAAAUUAUGAAAAUUAGGCGAUGAAGUCACGUGGAGACUUUAGGGCAGGCUGGUUUCCUUACUGAGGACUUGGGAACACUGUUACCAGGGAAACAUAUUAGUCUACCCAAUGCCAAAGAAUCUAUUCCACCUGAUCAAUAAGAGAAUAUUCAUACCAUUGAGAGUUGACUCCAUGGUUUUUCUGGUUAUCUACAACAAUUCACUCCACGGAUGCACAGAGUUAGUUUAUAUUCCAAGUUCACCAACUGUCUCUGGCAUAAACGAUACAAUGUCAUUUCAGACUGCUCAAAACAGGAGAGGGUAAGGUCAGCUUAAUUGCCAAUGUCACUAUGUUGAGCAAAACCAUAUUAUUUUUUUACAUGUUCAAAGUUCGCCCUAUGUGACAUAGGGCGAAGUCCGAACAUGUAAAAAAAUAAUUUGUACAAGUGUACAAAUAUUAAGUAGCCUAUAUAGUUAAGUAUGUUCAAUUUUAGCUGUAAUCCCUGUAGGUAAUGAAUCAAUAUGGAUCUAGUUUUUAUUUGUUAUUUAUGUAUUAAAAUAAAUAAAUUGGUAUGGUCAUAUGGCAUUUUGAAUAGAAAAAUGGUUUACAAUAAGGCUAUGAUGGGUAAAUACAUUUAGUCAGACUAUGAUGGGAAUCGAAUUGGUUCAAAAAGUAUUGUUAUACUGGGUGAAAUGGUCCUUCCAUCCUGAGAGUAGCCAGUGAAUAAUGUGUUCAGUAAAAAAGGAAAGAAAAAAAUCUGACCUCUCUGACA